GCCAGGUCUCAAGUCCAAUCCAACCCACCCUAAAACUAAAACAUCUAGUAAAACAAAAAAGAAGCGCUCUCAAAUUUUACAUAAUCCUCAUUUUACCCACUAAUCUCUGAACAUCUUUCCACUUAAGUCCCUUACUCUGAUCAAAUCACCAUGUGUGGAGGUGCGAUUAUCUCCGAUUAUAUUCCGCCGACACAGACAGAGACGUGGUCGCGACGGCUGAUGGUUGAUUACUUGUGGCCCGAUCUGAAAAAAUUCGGGUCAAAAAAUGGGUCGGGCAAAAGGUACUCGAAGCCGGUGAUCGAUUUGGACGAUGACUUCGAGGCAGACUUUCAGGAGUUUAAGGGUGAGGAAUACGACGUCGAUGACUUCGAUGGUGUUGAUGAUGUUUUGGCUAAUGUUAAGCCUUGUGCUUUCUCUGCUACAAAGAAACCAUCUUCUGCUGUCUUUGAUGGUUUGAACUCUGCAAAAUCCACGGAAUUCAAUGGUCAAGCUGAGAAAUCUGCAAAAAGAAAGAGGAAGAACCAGUAUCGCGGAAUUCGACAGCGUCCUUGGGGUAAAUGGGCUGCUGAGAUCCGAGACCCAAGGAAAGGGGUUAGGGUCUGGCUAGGAACUUUCAGUACCGCCGAAGAAGCUGCAAGAGCUUACGAUGCGGAGGCGCGUAGAAUCCGGGGUAAGAAAGCGAAGGUGAACUUUCCUGAUGAGGCUCUGCGUACCUCUCCAAAACGUGCAGUUAAGACAAAUUCUCCUAAACCACUUUCCAGGUCAAAUUUGAGCCCUGUUCAACCAAAUCUCUACCAUAACUUCAAUUACUUGAACAAACCAGAGAAGCCACCAAUGGAUCAGUUUGCAAACGUUGACCUUGUUCCUACUUCUUUAGAUGUUGGAUUGAAACCCUCUGGUCAAUCUGACAAUACCCCCUUCUAUUUUAAUUUGGACCAGGGAACUAACUCCUUUGAUUGUUCUGACUUUGGCUGGGGAGAACAGGGUGCCAAGACUCCGGAAAUAUCAUCUGUUCUUGAAGCUUCUAUAGAGAGUGAUGAGUUCCUGGAGGAUGCAAACCCUAGGAAGAAGCUGAAACCAAUUUCUGACAAUGUUAUGCCUAUUGAAAACAAUUCUGCAAAGAGUUUGUCUGAUGAGCUAUUGGCUUUGGACAAUCAGAUGAAGUACUUUCAAAUGCAAUUUAAUGAGGGGAACUGGGCUGCCUCAAUAGAUGCCUUCCUUAAUGGAGAUGCAACUCAGGAUGGUGGAAACCCAAUGGAGCUUUGGAGCUUUGAUAACUUCCCUUCUAUGGCGGGGCGUGAUUUCUGAGCAAACUUUCCCUAAUUACUAGUGUUUGUAAAUAAGGCAACAUGUUAGUGAGUUUUACCCCUCUGGCAGCUGCUUUAUUAUUUCAGUUGUGUUAUCUCUUAACAUUAUUUCCUUUUUUUUGGGACGAAUGUUCAGUUAUAUAUAUCUUGCUUUUUUCUUGUUUA